GACUCAGAACGUCUUUCAGUGACGUCAAGGCGGAUGUGCCUUUUAUUUGUUGAUUAAAGACAGACGCGAAAUAUUAAAGACAGAAACGUUUCUUUUAUAUAUUUCAACUUCAUAAUUAUUUGCAUCCAUGGACACUUUUCUUUUCUUAUUGCAUGACCAAAAGGGAAUAUUUUACAACAGUUGAAACGGAGAAAGAGGAAAAGUCAUUACAGCUAACAGAUAGCGCAACGGCUAAACGUGCUAAAACAUCAGGUUUGUUUAAAUAAAGACUAAAACCCUUCCUCCUUUUCGGUUAGGCAACCCUAAUUUGGUUUAAAAAUGUAAAUAUUAGACAGACAGACUACAAACCAACUCUACAUUCAACAUCGAAUCUUUUGGAUGUAGAUUUUUUAUUUGUAUUUGUAAGGACAUAUCUCGAGGGUGAGAAGAGAGUAAAGGAUCAGAGCCGAAGAAUCGGUAAUUUCGACUUAUUUUCGACAAAAUACGAACUCUCUGACGCACAAUAAUUCGUUUAGAAAACCGUAAACCACGUUGUCAGUAUUCAGAAAACCAACGGACCAACAUCGGAUUUUCAGCAACUGUGUACCGGCUUUAAAUAGAUUCAGGCACCUUAAAAAUGACACACUGACCAAAAACAAUGGCUUCACAGUUCAAAAUCCCAAAGAGAAAAUAUCCUUCAGAUGGUGACUCUGCUUAUAUACAGUCCCCGCUGGCUCGCCUUGACUGCCCAUCCCCACAGUUAAAGAAGAAUUAUGUUAGCCAGCCUAACAGAGUCAAUACCAAGAAGGGAGGCAGGAUGUCACGUCCAACUGUCUUCAAGGACGUGGUGGAAAAACUGCUGGGAAUCGGCAGUCUACAGGAUGGCGAGGAAUCAGCAGAAAACACCACUCGCAAAGCAGUGAACAGUUCUGCACACAGAGCGGUUGUGGCGUCUGUAUCAAACCGGUGGCGUCCUCACAGAGCCUCAGAUCGGCUGCUUAGACAGGAAGUGAAAGCUCAGUUGCGUCUAUCUACUCCACCACAGAGAAAGGUUGUGGAGCCUUCAGUCUUGUCCGUCUCUGUGGACUCUGUGGACUCUGUGGACACCCUUGUUAAAUUUCGAGCACAGAGGCCUGCAGGAAAAUGUCAAAGCAAGAACCUCAGACCAGGCUCUGUGAAAAGACCUUUCCACUCAACUCAGUCCAGUUCAGAGGAGGACUUUGUCCUCGGUCCGUCUCCCCCCAAAUCUGCAUCCAUGACUUUUGCAGUUAGUAAGCACAGUCCAGAGAGGUUGGACACAGACCGUACACCUAAGGUGGAUUUUAGGAAGCGGGACCAACAGAGGCGGCUCCAGCUCAGAACAAGGAAAGACAAACGCAGAGAGGGUCCAACGGAGCCUAUUGUUCUGUCCAGUGAGGAGGAGGAGGAGGAGGAUGAUGAUGACGAUGAUGAUGUAGAAGAGGGUGCAGCUAAUAUGUCCCAGAGCAAAAGCAGUGGAACAGCAGAACUGCCAGGGUUGUCCUCAGACGGAGAACACGUGCCAGUGAAAGGAGCCGGGCCUGCAUGCCUGCAGCUUGACUUUUCCUCCCUUCACAUUGGCCUGACAGAGGUCAAGGCCAACGGGAAGAUGAUGGUGACUGAGAAAGGCCUGGUGAUCCCUGUCAAAGUUUCCGCAGAAGAGGAUGGUGAUGUUACCAUUGUGGCGUCUCAGCUCCGAGGUUAUGGCGUAUGGGAUGGAGGCAUGGCCAGUGGUGGGGCUCUCCUGGGCCAGUGGGAGGGCCCGAGCCCCUCAGUGCUCUUUCUUUGGGUGACUGAUGCUCAGGCCAAUCUACUUCAGAGAGAACUGUCGGCCAUGAUGACACUGACCACACCGUCCACAACCACGUCAGUGCCAUGCUGCUGCCUCCUGUUGGUGAUGAAGGAGCAGCUGAAGGAGCUUCAGACCGCUCUGCUGGCAUCCAUGUUGGACUUAGAGGAGUACAGGAAGGGGCGCUCUUCCUCCUCCUCCUGCUGCUCCUCCCCUGUAAAUUGGGCAGACGGCCUGAUGCUUGUGCAUAGCUGUCCUCCUCCACUGGACCAGCACCUCCUGUCGCUGCUUGGACACGCAGAUAUCUCAGGUUCUGGAUAUGGGUCUGGUUCUGGGUCUGGUCUAGCUAAAAAAAGUCUGAGAAACACAAGGUCAAGUCUGGACUCACCCGACCUUCAAAAGCUUCCUAACAGGUUGAUCCAGUACCCGCCACCACCCUCAAAAGGCAGUAUCACAGUGACCAAGGAAGACCUGGCCUGUUUGGAUGCUGGGGAAUUCCUGAAUGACGUCAUCAUCGACUUUUACCUUAAAUUUCUCCUCCUGGAGGCAGUGGACCAGAUCAAAACUGAGCGUAGCCAUGUCUUCAGCAGCUUCUUCUACAGACAGCUGAGCCGUCGCCGCGUUGCUGGCGAAGACAGCGCCCCCUCUGUCCCGAAUUGUCAUACGAGGCACCAGAGGGUGAAAACGUGGACACGUCAUGUGGACAUUUUUACAAAAGACUUCCUGUUUGUGCCUGUCAAUCAAGAAGCACACUGGUUUCUAGUGGUGGUCUGUUUCCCAGGUCUGGAGGAUGUUCAGUUUGAAGAGUUUCAUCGACCCGCAGGGAAACUCAGCUCUGCUCUGAAGUCACACCAACUUCCAGAGUGCACUCAACAGGGUUGUGGCCUUACUACCGUUCUGAAGAGGCCGUGCAUUCUGGUCAUGGACUCUUUAAAGAUGUCCAACCAUGAGAAUGUCUGUAGACUUAUCAGAGAGUACCUGCAGGUGGAGUGGAAAGUGCGACGAGGGACCAACCGGAUUUUCACCGCCGACAACAUGAGGAGCUCCAGCUGCAGGGUUCCUCAGCAGGAUAACAGCAGCGACUGUGGGGUUUAUCUGCUGCAGUACGCUCAGAGCUUCCUCCAGAACCCAGUGGUGAACUUUGAGCUCCCGUGUCGAUUGGACUUGUGGUUUCCUCGUCAGCUGGUCCGACAGAAGCGCAAGGAGAUCCGACACCUCAUCCUGAAGCUGCACAACAGUCAAAGGUUGACGCCUGAGAAAAACAGAGUUAAUAUUCCAUUAAAUCAAAACACAGCAUGUAUUUUUACUGAUUGCCUGUAAAUAUUUGUUCACAAUAAAACUUUAUUUUUCCAUC